UCAACAUUAAGGUGAUUAAAUGAUGACAGAAUUCACAUUUUUUGGGGUAAGUUAUCCUUUAAGAGUCGGGAGCAUACAGGUCAAUAGGUUUUUGAUAGUAUUUUAAUCAUAGUUGUUGUUUUUCAGCUGUCCCAGAAAGCCAAAGAGAUCUACAAUCGUUUCCUUUCAAGUAAAGCUACCAUGCCAGUGAACAUCGAUAGUCAAGCUCAGCUUGCUGACGACGUCCUGACAGCUCCACAGCCUAACAUGUUCAAACAGCCACAGCUGCAGAUCUUUAACCUGAUGAAGAUGGACAGUUACGCUCGGUUCCUGAAGUCCACUCUCUAUCAGGAGUGCAUGCUGGCUGAUGUAGAGGGCCGACCUCUGCCUGACCCCUGCCCGAUUCCAUGUAGCCCCGCCCCCUCCAAGCACAGCCUCAGCUCUGACCGUUCCACUUUCUCCACACCUAAGAAGGAAAAUAGGAGGCCCAAAACAGGCAGGUCAAGUGAUGACCUCAGAGAGAAACACUCUGAGAAGAAAAACGGCUUCUUUUCCUGGUACAGAUAUCCAAGUAUUGGGAAAGGACAGAAGAAAAGAGAUGCACCAGAUUUACCUUACAACUGUAAUGGGCGGAGAGAGUCUCAGGGUUCUCUGUCUUCUGGUGCGAGUCAAGAACUCAACACUUCGUCUUCCGGAGGAAAGAAUGAGGACAAAGAGCGAUGUAGCAGGACGUGUACAGUAAUGCUACCUGACGGCUCCAGCUGCUCCAUUCCUCUACGACAGGGCGCCUCCAUCAGACAGGUGCUGCUAGAGCUCUGUCAAAAACAGCACAUCAACCUGGCUGCUGUCGACCUCUUCCUCACCGGAGGAGAGAAGCCUUUGGUGUUGGACCAAGAUAGUAUUACACUCAGCUCUCGAGAACUUCGUCUUGAGAAACGCACUUUGUUCAGACUGGACCUGGUCCCCAUUAACAGAUCGGUUGGGUUGAAAGCAAAGCCCACAAAACCUGUGACUGAGGUUCUGCGUCCUGUGGUUGCCAAGUAUGGACUCCACCUUGGUGAUUUGGUUGCAAGAAUAAGUGGAGAGACAGAGGUUCUCGAUCUUGGAGU